GGAUGGCCUUUCAUUGGAGAAACUAUUUCUUUCUUCAAACCUCAUAGAUCAGACUCCAUCGGUACAUUCUUGCAACAACGUGUUUCACGGUAUGGAAAAGUGUUCAAGUCAAAUAUAUGUGGUGGAAAAGCAGUAGUCUCAUGUGACCAAGAACUCAACAUGUUCAUACUUCAAAACGAAGGGAAGUUGUUUACAUCGGAUUAUCCAAAAGCGAUGCAUGACAUUCUCGGCAAAUAUUCCCUUCUAUUAGCCACCGGAGAAAUUCACAGGAAACUAAAAAAUGUUAUUAUUAGCUUCAUCAAUCUCACAAAGUCGAAACCUGACUUUCUUCACUGCGCAGAGAACCUCUCUAUCUCGAUACUAAAGUCAUGGAAAAAUUGCCGAGAAGUCGAAUUCCAUAAAGAAGUUAAAAUAUUUACUCUCAGUGUUAUGGUAAACCAACUCUUGAGCAUCAAGCCAGAAGACCCAGCAAGACUUUAUGUAUUGCAAGAUUUUUUAUCUUAUAUGAAAGGGUUUAUCUCCUUACCAAUACCGCUUCCAGGAACGGGUUAUACAAACGCAAUUAAGGCUAGGAAGAGAUUGUCGGCGAGGGUUAUGGGGAUGAUAAAAGAAAGAGAGCGCGAAGAAGAAGACAUGAAUAAUGCAAUAAGAGAAGAAGAUUUUCUGGAUUCGAUAAUUUCGAAUGAAGAUCUAAAUUAUGAAGAGAAAGUUAGCAUUGUGUUGGACAUUUUGCUUGGAGGCUUUGAGACAAGUGCUACUACUCUUUCCUUAGUCGUCUAUUUUCUAGCAAAAUCUCCAAAUCUUCUUCACAAACUCAAGGAAGAACAUGCAGCCAUUAGAGCCAAGAAAGGGGAUGGGGAACUUUUGAAUUGGGAAGAUUAUCAGAAGAUGGAAUUCACUCAAUGUGUGAUUUCUGAGGCACUACGAUGUGAAUAUGUGAUUCCAAAGGGGUGGAAGGUGUUUCCAAUCUUCACAGCAGUACAUCUUGAUCCCUCUCUUCAUGAAAAUCCUUUUGAAUUUAAUCCCAUGAGAUGGACCGAUAAGGCUAAGAUGAACAAGAAAACGACGGCGUUUGGAGGAGGAGUAAGGGUAUGUCCUGGUGGUGAACUUGGCAAGCUCCAAAUUGCUUUCUUCCUUCAUCAUCUUGUCCUCUCCUAUAGGUGGAAAAUAAAGUCAGAUGAAAUGCCAAUCGCGCACCCUUACGUGGAGUUUAAGAGAGGCAUGCUUUUGGAGAUAGAGCCAACAAAAUUCCUUGAAGAUUAGCUGCUUUAAUAAGGAAUCCAUCUUAGAUGAAAAUUUAAUUAAUAACUAUUAAAAAUGUAAUGUCUAAUAAUAUGCUCCAUUCCCAAAUAUAAAGUACUCUCUAGUCAUAGAGUUUUGUGUUAGUUAGGUGUUGGAGUUUUGAAAUAAA